UCGAGGCAACAGCAGCGGCCGCCACCGCGCUUAGCCCUACUGCCGAAGCGCUCAGGCUUCGCCGACCACUCUUUCUCCGCUAAAUCGCAUUACACCGUCGGACUUUAUACCGUUACAGUUCCGACCGCUAAUUACUCUCCGAAUUUACUCUUUUUAUACCGAGUUUAUCGACGCGCACGACGGCUGUGCUUCGAUCAAUUCGUCGGGGACUGUCGCGCGGCUACUUCGAGUGUAACGAAGUGACGUUUUUUUUCACCCAACCACUCGUACAUAAGACGGUGGUCAACGGUUAUAUUUACCUUUACUGGCUGUGACGUCGUCGUUCCCCGAGGAGCAAUAUUUCUCUCACGAUCGUCGUAACCGAACGAGCUUUUGCGAGAUUUUUAUGUUUGGGAUCGGGAUUAUCCGCUCGGGGAAUCCGCUAAAUUGAGCUGCCACCGGCGAGCGCGUUGAUGCGUUUAAAUAGCAGAGGUAAAUCGAACAUGAUCCUGGAGAAUAACCCGCAGGAACGGGACCAGAUAUCGUGUUGACAGUGUAAUUGUCGAAUGUUGUGUGCUCGGAUCGUGUGCCGGAGAUAAAAAGCUCGCGCGAUCCCGGAAAUUCGUAAAUUAAAAAGUUUUUCGUUGUUGGUUUUGUAAACCCUUUUGUUUUUAUUCGUUCAGGAGUUGCAGUGCGUUCUGAGUGGAUUCGCGUGUGUUUUUUUUCCCGGAGAAUAGCCCAGCGGCGACUCGAGUUUGGGUUUGUUUUACGUUAAUCGUGGCGAAGUCGAGGAAAGCCGAUCGACGGCUAUGAGAUGAGCAGCUCGAGGAGCAAGUACAAAGCGGAGGUUGCUCGUAGCGGCUCGUCCUUUCUUUUCGAUCCUGUUCUCGGCGAGCCAAGACACUUGACGGGGAUUGCCGAGCGAGCGAUUUCGAUGCCGUGCCGAGUUUGAGCGCAGCCACUGCCCCCCAGCCAACACUCGGGUUUUUCUCGCGACGAGGACGACGGGAAACGAGGGAGAAUCCGGUCGCGGAUCCCGAGAAGAAAGGAACCAGGACGAAGAGGCGCGCGGGUGGCUGGGCGUCCGGAAGUUUUGAAAAAGAAUGUCAGCGGUAGCUCCAGCCGGUGCCGCAUCAGCGGUCCCAAACGCCAACGGCCCGAUAGUCCCGGCACCUGUUUUCGCCCUGCCAACGCUCUCGUUCACCGCUAGUCAAGUCGCCGCGGUCUGCGGCAACCUCGAGGAGAGCGGUGACAUCGAGAGGCUGGCGAGGUUUCUCUGGAGCCUGCCCGUCGCCCAUCCAAACAUUCAGGAGCUCAAUCAAAGCGAGGCUGUUUUAAGAGCGCGAGCAAUAGUGGCUUUCCACUCCGGACACUAUCGCGAGCUGUACGCGAUCCUCGAGAGGCACAAAUUCACCAAAGACUCCCACGGCAAGCUCCAAGCCAUGUGGCUCGAGGCGCACUACUCCGAGGCCGAAAAACUACGCGGACGACCCCUCGGCCCCGUCGACAAGUAUCGCGUUCGCAAGAAAUUCCCACUCCCAAGAACCAUCUGGGACGGCGAACAAAAGACGCACUGCUUCAAGGAGCGGACUCGAAGCCUCCUCAGGGAAUGGUACCUCCAGGAUCCUUAUCCAAACCCCGGCAAGAAGAGAGAACUCGCCGCCGCCACCGGACUCACACCCACCCAAGUUGGCAAUUGGUUCAAAAAUCGUAGGCAGAGAGAUCGCGCUGCUGCUGCUAAGAACAGAAUGCAGCAACAAUCCGGCCCAGGAAACGGAGUGCCCCGUCGGGCCUUGAGUCCCGGUGCUGGUGGCAGCGACAGCGAAGACUCGGACAUAUCAUUGGGUGGGACAUCGCCGCCUUCCCCGAGUUCGUCGCCCCCGCCGACGCACCAUCAACCCUCCUCGAUACCGCUCGGGAGUUUGGGUCCGUUGGGCCCCCCUCCGACCUUAAAUUUUCGCUUCGAUCCGAGCCAGUCGCAAUUCCGUUUCGGCCACGCGACCGCCUUCAAAUUUCCUCCCGCUGGCUUCCGGUUCGGACCUCACAGCCCCCAACAGCACAAUCAUCCGAGCAUCGCCGGCGGUGGAAUCUUCAGGCUCACCGAGACUAGUCCCUUCCAGGCCGUCGGCCCCCGGGGAGACCUUGGAUCGAGAUUACCGGAUCCCUUGGGACUGGCGCCGCCGCGUUUGCACCCGCACGAGACGCUGUUGCACCACCCGCACCAUCCGCACCACCAAUUGUCGGAUGGUAUAUCGAGGAUAUCGGAAGGUUCGCGACUGUCGGACGGUGGGAUAUCGCGUUUGUCGGACAGCUUGUCCGAGGCUCACAGUCCGCCUCUGGUGGCGACGAAUUUGACGGUGACGGGGCCUCUGCGGGUGGCGGUGCCGAGUCCGCACACGCCUUCGUCCAGGGGCAGUCCGCCGACGAGUCAGCACCAGACGACGUCGUCGUCGCAGCACCAUCAGCAUCACACGAGUCAACUCCACACGGGGGGUCAAGGUCACGGUGUCAUCAGAGUAUCAACGCCGCCGCCGAACCCGAAGCCGCCCCAGAUCCACAGGCCCUUUUCACCGGCGUGAUACCGAACCGAAUUCAUUAGUGCGUCAUUAAUAAACGUCGAAAUGUCCUACGACGAUAAUAAUAAAUUAAACGGCAAUCGGACCUUUGAGAUUCUGUGAGUUUCGCGAUACGUUGUUACACAUCUGUAUAUAUAUAUAUUUAUUACUUAUAUGUAUGUACGUUAACGAAAAUCGGUAAACGCGAUAGCACGAUUCCCGAUCGUCGCCGCCUUUUUUCGUACGCUAGACUAUUGUAAAUAAUCUAUACAUAAAUAUUUAAUAACAAACAAACAAGCAAAUGCCGAGUGCAUAAAAAGGAGGAAAUUUCACUUUUUAUUGAGAGCACAAACGCUCGAGUUGACUGAAGUUUUUCGAGUGCGUGCAAAAUUCUUGUUCGUUAUUCGCCCGUGAAUUAUCUCCUUGAGAUCGUUAUAGCUGGGACGACGACGACGACGACGACGACGACGACGAGUCGAAUGAAUUUGAGUUUCCCGAAGCAAGAGAGCGUUCGGAGGUCGAUGACAGGAGCGCCGACGAGAGGACGAAGCUUUGCGAUUAAGUCGAGGAAACAAAGACUGAUUAACUAAAAUAAAAAAACGUGCUCACCGCGCGCUGUUGUGGCUGUCAAAGAGCUCCCCAAUUCCGCGGGUACCCGCGAGCGUGCCGGAGCAUUUGUGUCAAAUAUUGCGGAGCAAAGAAACGCUUUCGAGUCUCCGACGACGGGCGCCCCGCCGGCGACGGAAAGCUCGUUUUGCCUGGCCCGAAUCUCGAGCACUAUUCAAGUAGAUCUUCGUACAUAGUUGCUUGCGAUUACAAAACCUCCUCGAGCAGAGGUUUAACGAAGUACGAGCUAUUCCCAAACUCGCUACGUUUUCCAUUGCCCCAUCGAUUUAUCCUUCCUUCGAAUCAUUACUCCGGAAGUAAUACAGAAGUAAAACAGCGAAUCCUCCGUGUUACAUUAUCGCAAAUCUGAAAACAAAUAUAAACUAUUAACGAAUGAUGAACCUGCCCACAAAGCCCCCGUCGAUCGUCCACUCUUCGUGUAGAUAAGCAUUCGAUUUGUCAUCGCGAUUCAUUGAAUUUAAAAAUCAUUUUUCAAAUGCCCUCUACCAAUCGGACGAAUCAACGAGGACACCCGAUCUAGCUAAAUUAUAGUAUAAUCGACGAAUCUCUCCUUAUAAAUACUGAACAUAGGACUAGCUUAAGCAUAUAAAUAUAUAUAUAUACAUAGGUCAAAAUACAUUUAUGAAUGAUUUUCAAAAAAUGCUAACUAAGAAGCAAAAUUAUAUAUAUAAAUAUGAAAAAAAUGAACAAAUGAAACAUGAUUAUAUAUUAUCAAUUGUCUAUUAUUAUCAUUAUUAUCUUUAUUAUUAUGUUCAUUAUUAUUUGCUCCUGUAAAUAAAUUGACGCGAAAAUAUAUUAACAGAUUAUUAUGAACUGGAAA